CCAACCUCCACAAUGGAUUGGAUACGCUUCUUCAAGGAUCUUUGUCUGAACUCCAGACAUACAGUAUGGCUCGCCCCUCUUCUUGUCCUGGGCGAUGCCUUUCUGUGCACCCUGAUCAUCUGGAAGAUUCCCUAUACUGAGAUCGACUGGUCAACAUACAUGCAACAGAUCGCUCUCUAUCUUGGAGGCGAACGUGACUACACUCUAAUCAAAGGAUCUACGGGCCCUCUCGUCUACCCCGCCGCCCAUGUAUACAGCUAUAGCCUCCUUUACCACCUUACGGAUGAGGGGCGGGACAUUUUCUUCGGGCAAGUCCUGUUCGCCGCGUUGUACCUGAUCACUCUUGUCGUGGUGCUGGCUUGCUAUCGGCAGUCGGGCGCUCCGCCGUAUUUGUUCCCUCUCCUCGUGCUGUCCAAAAGGCUGCACAGCAUCUUUGUCCUGCGGCUCUUCAAUGAUGGGCUGGCGGCGCUGACCAUGUGGCUCGCCAUCUGGUUGUUUCAGAAGCGGAGGUGGACGGCUGCCGUCGCGAUUUGGUCUGUCGGAGUAGGCAUCAAGAUGACUCUGUUACUUCUGGCUCCGGCCGUGGCGGUUUGCACCGUGCUGAGUUUGUCUCUCGUGCCUAGCAUCCGACUUGGGGUGUUGGCCCUGCUGGUCCAAGUUCUAUUGGCCAUUCCCUUUCUACGAGAAAACCCAGCAGGAUAUGUUUCGCGGGCCUUCGAGUUAACCCGGCAAUUCAUGUUCAAAUGGACGGUCAACUGGCGGUUCGUGGGUGAAGAGUCAUUCCUAUCGAAGGAGUUCUCCCUAACAUUGCUGGCUAUCCACAUCCUCUUGCUGAUCAUUUUCCUUGUCUUCGGCUGGUUGAAGCCUAUCAACUCUCGUCUGCCAGAAUUUGUCCAAAACCUGCUCACAGGCCGACACCAACCCGUACCGUUAUCCAGUUCGUAUAUCAUGGCCGUCUUGCUAUCAUCCCUUGCGAUUGGUCUGUUGUGUGCAAGGUCGCUCCAUUAUCAAUUCUUCGCUUAUCUUUCCUGGGCAACACCUUUUCUCCUCUGGCGGGCAGGCCUCCAUCCCGUUGUGCUGUACAUCGUCUGGGCAGCUCAAGAAUGGUCGUGGAACACAUACCCGAGCUCCAACGCGAGCUCCAUGGUUGUUGUCCUCUCCCUUGCGGUUCAAGUCUUUGGUAUUCUCGCUAAUCGCACCACCUCGUUUGCCGGUACGCGCGCGAAUGGUGGAAAGGAGCAUGUUCAAUGAAUGUCCGGGUCGGUCUCCGGUGUGGGCGUAAGAGUCCGGCAAAAGGUUCGGAGAAGGUGCUUCGUGAUAAGGCGUGUCCAUCAUGCUCUGACUGGAGCGAUAGCGCAUCAAGCCUCCGAGCGUUGAGCGAUUCCCAGUAUGAAGAGGGCGAUCAUGCAUCCGACUCAUCGUCCGAGGGCGGCAAUUUACCAACAUUAG